AUGGACAGGAUUCUUGGUUUCUCGAACGUGGAAUCGAUGAGAAAGACGAUACUCUUGCAAGAACAGAUCUUCAAACACCAGGUUCAGGAGCUGCACCGUAUAUACAAUCUGCAGAGGAAACUGAUGGAAGAAGUCGAAAAGGGACGGUGCAGCAUUAGUAGAAACGAGGCGAGGGAAGUGAGCAGUAGCUGCUCGGGUGAUCAGACGAUGCGAAUGCCGAUUCAGUUCGACUUGGAACGGCGGAACGAGAGUGCCCCGUCGUCGUCGAGCAUUCGCCAUUAUCACGACGAGAUUAAUACUGAUGUGGAAGUCGAGCUGACGCUCGGGAUCGGGCACUGCUCGAGGAAGCAAAGGUCGAGCAAUUCUGAUCAGGUUGGCGAGCUGAGCUCGUCGAUAGGGACGGGUAAAGGAGAAGAAUGUGGCGAACCAGGAUCGAAUAUUGGCGGUUCGACGGGAUUUCGGGAUAGUAGUAAGCAGCCGCAUUGGCUGCUGCAGGAUCUAAGCUUGAACAGGACAUGA